AAAAUUCUAUCUCAAAGAUUUGCUUUCAACGACUUUUGACCAAAUACGAAAGUACAUAUCUUGUUAAUUUUGUUACCACGCUAGUUAGGAAGGAAUUUGUGCAAAUCGCUCGAUGUUCUUAAAGUCAGAAAUGAUCACAGAGUGGAAGCCUAAGUAUUCAGCGUAAAGAAUGAACUAUUUAGGUCGUUUUGUGUCCAACGUUCGGGGAUUUUACAGCGAGAUAAACUCGGCCACUCUCACCGGAGCUAUAGAUGUUGUGGUGGUACGUCAGGAAGAUGGUUCUUACAUUGGCUCGCCGUUCCACGUUAGAUUUGGAAAACUCGGCGUGCUUCGAAGCCGAGAAAAGAUCGUUGAUAUAGAAAUCAAUGGAGAACCAGUGUCACUACAGAUGAAACUUGGCGAUGCAGGAGAGGCAUUUUUUGUUGAAGAAGUAGAUAAUGACUCUUCAGAUUUUUGUACUUCUCCUCUACCAUCUCCUGAGACACUUGAAGAUGCCAGGAAGGAGGAUAUUACUGCUCAAGAGGAAAAUAGUGGUAACAUAACUGUCAGUACUAAGAAUAGUGCUACUAAACUCACCAAAAACCUACAAGAGAAUGUUGUUAACACUUCCGUCACAGAGGAAGAAGCUAUGAGAUCUGUUUACCAAGGUGCACAAGCCCCAAAGGGUGAAGUGGUUUCUGAUUUUGGUUCAGAUGAUAAAAUUUCUGAUAGUAGUGUAGAAGAAGACAGUAAAGCUAAAGAAGAAACUCACAGUGAUCCAGAAACUGGGGAGUGUAAAGAAUCAAACAAAGAUGUUACUGACAAUAAAGUAGUUUCUUCUGUAGAAAGUAAUGCAGAGUCUGAUGCCAAUAUGGAGGCUGUGGUGGGAAGCAUCCCCUCUAAGUCAGACAGUAUUCCAAUACCAGUGCGGCAGAAGGCAGAUCCACGAGAUAUCUCAUCUGAUAGUGAAACGAUGUGGGCAGGAUCACACUCUCCCUCUAUUGCAAGUAGUUUUAAAAGAGACUUUUAUCCACUUUCUGACUUGGACUCACCUAUUGGCUCUCCACCCAGUCAUAGUGAUGAGCGAGUCAGCAGUGCACCAAAUCCUCAGCACUAUAUGAGUGAUUCUGAGCUGGAGUUACAUCAAAGCCAAGAGAAUAUUGCAAGAGAGAAUCAGAUCAGAUGGGCCUGGGGAAAGCUUCCACAGGGGCCAGAUGGACGAUCAUUGCCUGACAGGAAGCCUUCAGAUUUGAGGAAAGAAGACAUGAAACAUAUCCACAAAGGAAAGAGGAGAGAAGGAUCAUUCAAGUCACACAGCAAGGUUGGUGGCAAGGAAGGUAUUCUCCUGGAUGAUCUGAGGACUGUUGACCAUGAAGUAGCGGCUCUAUACCUCCAUCAAGCCUUAGACUCUAAACUGCAACAACAGCAGAGUGGCUCAGGAUCUGAGGACAGGGAGUCUGGUAUAGGACAGUCCUUGCCAAGUUCACCCAUAGCAGGGGAACGUCCCAAGGAAACAAUAGAGGAAUAUCAUGACAUUGCCUUGUCUGUGUGUGGAGAGUUAAGAAAUGGGAAAGUAUCACUAGAGAGUUUCAUACAGUCAAUGGUGACAUUUGAUGACCUGUGUAACAAUCCAGCAAUACUGUCAGAUCCCAAACUUGUUAUUAGAAUCAAUGACAGAUACUACAACUGGCAGAUUGCUGCUCCCAUGUUGAUGUCUCAUGUUGUUUUUCAAAGACCUCUUCGACAGGAUACAUGCCAGUCCCUGGUAAAACAACACAUGCCAAAGAAGGAAAAAAGGAGAAGCUACAGAAAUAUGUAUUAUUGGUUUUCUUGGAGAGCUGAGGAGAAGAGUUCAGAUGAAGAGAAUGAAGAUAUAAAGAAGGAUAAGCCACGCCCAAGGGUACAUAGUAGUGGUACAAGAAAACAAAUGUCUGCCCCAGAAAUGGAAAGGGAAGAAGAUGACAUUGAAAACAGGGAGAGAAAAAUAUCUGAGUGCAUUAGUGGCAAUGAAUCAGAUGCAUUCCCCAAGGGGAAUUAUAGGAAGGUCACAAGGCUUUCCUCUGAACAAAUUGCAAGUUUGAAUCUGAGAGAAGGAGCAAACAGUGUAACAUUCUCUGUAACCACAAAAUACCAGGGUACUGCAAUGUGUACAGCAACUAUCUACCUAUGGAAUUACAAAGAUAAGAUUGUUAUUUCUGAUAUUGAUGGGACAAUAACAAAGUCUGAUGUUUUGGGUCAGAUCCUUCCAGUGGUGGGACAAGCUUGGGCUCAGUCAGGGGUGGCUCACUUCUUUUGUAAGAUCCAGAAGAACGGUUAUAAAGUUCUUUACCUGUCAGCUCGAGCUAUUGGACAGGCACAACAGACCAGAGACUACCUCAAGAGUGUAAAGCAAGAUCAGCUGAUGCUACCUGAUGGACCACUGCUUCUGUCGCCUGAAUCCCUUAUCAAAGCUUUCCACAGAGAAGUGAUCGAAAAGAAACCAGAGGAGUUUAAGAUAGCCUGUUUGAGAGACAUCCAAAGCUUGUUUCCAACAAAUAGAAAUCCUUUCUAUGCUGGAUUUGGUAAUAAAGUCAACGUACAUCAAACUUAGUGACUUGGUGGAUCAAAUGUUCCCYCCAUUCAAAAUGGAAGGUCUUCGUCCAGCGGGGCUUAUAGCACCAGACCAAUUUAGUUCCUUUACGUAUUGGAGAGCGCCACUACCGAGGAUCUCUAUGGAUGAACUUAGCGACGCUGAUGGCGAAGGAAGUCAAGAGACCGGCUCCAACCAAUAACUGAGUUCAACAUUUAGGCGGUUAACUAGAAGAUAUGAUUGUAAAACAACAAACGCUGAAAUCCACUAUCUGUUGUGUAUCAUGGUUAUUUCUUUAUUUUCUUAGGUAACAUAUUUGAUUUUUUUUAAAAAAAUAGGUGAAUUUUGAAAUUUGUUAAGGUUAAAAAGUGAUAGAAAUUUAUACGAAAUUUAACAAGAUCCUUUGGGUUUUUCGGUGGUCUCGUUAACUUAUUGUGUGAAUCAAGGAUAGGUGAUUUUUUUUUCUUUUAUGAAAGAAUUGUGUUUAUAGAUAUUACAAAAUUAUUGUAAAUAGCUUCAAAUAGUUGUUUUUUUAUGAUCCUCAGAAAUUACAUUUCCUCAGCCCCAUUUCUUCUUUACCUGCAUAUUUUGUACUAUCUUUUACUCUUUUCUUAGCUAAUUUUUCGCCAUACUUUAAAGCCCGGUUUUAUAGUUAAUAGAUUGCUGGAUGUUGCUUAUCAAGUGAAGCUCUUUGUUGUAGAAAAACAACUGAAUUGUACUGUCAUUGAGUGUCUUUAAAACAAAACCCAAGUUAUCACAGUGAUCAAUAAGAACUAAGAUUAUCAUCAUUACUAGUCAAUGAGGACUCAAAGUGAAAACAACCAAACUGCUUUUUUACCUCAAUUGUCGCAAUCUGAUUGUCCAAUUUGCCGUUUUCGUUGAGAGUAGAGGCAACGCUGCUUGCGUCAACGUGUCACGAUCUUGGUCACGCACUGAAAAUAUGUUAGUAUUUGCUCAAAUGGCAAACUUGAUUGUGAUUAACAUUUUGCUAAAAUGUCUACGGUUGUUCUUUGGCACAUGGGAUAUAAAUUUUAAAUUACUAUAAAAAUUUUGAAAAAAUCAUCAAAAAAAAGGUAUAAUAUAUGAUUAUAAGCAUAUUUCAUAAAAAAAAACCAGAGAUGAUUGAUCUUUGCAAUUGCUACGUAAGUGAAGAGUCUCCAACGUGGGAAAUGUUAUAGAGAUGAAUAUUUAAUCACGUAGACGCUGUAAUUUCUAAGUUCAAUUACAGUCAUUUCAUUCAAAAUCGAACUUCAGCCAAGAUAGAGUUGACAAUUUGUAGUUAAAGAAAGGUAACGUUGGCGGAGACUUUAAAGUCGGGUCGUCACACUUCCAAAGGUGCCUUGAACAUCGGCAGGGUGGUGAAAGCCCUUUUCUUUAUAAAGCUGCAAACUUGAUGGAGGUACAUAGCGGGAAAAGAUAUUUAAAACAAAGUUAAGCAUUCAAGUUCCCUUCCCCUCCCCCACCUUUAUAAUUUGAUAAGGAUGUAUAAGGUAAAAUGUUGAAGCUUUCGAGCACAAACGUUUAAAAGCGCCCCUGGCGACGAUUCCAGGGUUUGUUUGUUUUUUUUUUAAAGGGUGUCAUUACUACUGAGAUACUAUGGUCACGUUGACGAAAACUAUUUCGCGCAACUUGUACGGAUAUGAUUUGUUAAGGUGUUGAUUUAUUUGGUUGGUUUGUCCAGCACAGAAGGCUCUAUUUAAACUGAAGAAUGUAUUACUAAAUCGAGAAUUUACACAACUUGGUCAAUAAAAAUGAUUUUCAAAAAAUGAAA